UUACACAGAGAGUGUAGAGUGUCAGAGGUGAGACGUGAACAUCACCUGACCCGCCUCUGCUGCAGCGUCUCCGAGAGUCAUCCUCGGACAGCUGACUUUCCCACACCUAACCCUGUCUCUGCCAUGGUACUCUGUCACGCCUGGCACUACUUCUGUCCCCCUGACAUAUCCCCACCGUGCAGCUGUUGUGACAUCUUUCACAUUCGUGGCCAGGCAUCCACACACUUGAUGCAUCUUCUGCGGUGAUGCCUCGAUUAGUUGUUCCGAGGCAGGUGCUGCUCAUGUAUCUGACUCACACCUGGCCAUGCAGGUGUUCUGUCUGAGCAACUUGUCAGCAACACUUGCAAACUUUAACCUCCUUUGUUGAAUUACUGCAGUCUUUAACAGUGUCUCAGUGGAAGUGGAUAAUGACAGUUUUCAGCAGCAAGGUGCUGGCUGACAGUACAGCAUAUUUGAAUUUGCUUGUUAAAUACUGUACAAGAAAAUAUGUAAUACAAUUUGAGUUCUAAUAAGUGAUAGUAUUUACAUUCGACAUACAUUUAUGGUGAAUUUUGCAGUGCUAUGGAUAAUGCAUCUCAGUUCUGUGAUUUAUAAUAUGAAGAAAAAAUGAGUGAUCAGAAAUUGCAGGAGACUUGGACCUCCUUUGCUCAGACAGAACCAGGAAAUGUUUUGGAGCGUCAAAGCCAUCUGGAUGAAUUUUUGGGACUGCUGUUGUCAUCGACCAGUGAGGAAACUCCUCUUUCCAAUCUCCUCCACUUCAGUGAUGUUGAAAGUGUUGUGAGUCUCCUUGGUGGUCAGUUCUUGGCAGAUAUUGAACACAUUUGCCUUGGUUCAGUAAGCUACGAUAGUGACGCUUCCUCAAGUGCAACAUCUCAGUCAGUUGAAUCUAUUAUCAGUGAUGCUUCUCAAGUGAGCGAUAGUUCAAGAGGAUGUCGGCCGAGAGUGACCAAAAAAACAGGAAGUGGGAGAAGUCAUCCUUACAAAACUGCAAUAGGCCUGUGUCAGGCAUUGCAAGAGAGUGAUAAUGAUAAGUGUCAUUCAGAACUUGUGCAGGUGAAUCUAGAACAAGCCAAAGAAACGGCUCAUAAUUCUUAUGAGUGCCUGGAAUGUACGAACAAUGAGACACACAAAGAUUCAAAUGCUGCACAAGUGGAAGAUAGCAAAAACAAGGAAGUAGAAUGCUUGAAAGAUGUUGAUAGUGGACAGAGCCAAAAUGAGUCGUGCAGUCAAGAAACCCAAGACAAAACUCAGGACACUCAUAAUCAAAGUUCUUACCUAAAGGAUGGUGAAAGUGCAAUAGGUGUAAAUAAUGAAUUAUCUUUUGUAAAACCCGAAUCUACAUUAGGAGUAAAAGUGACUGACAGUACUGAAACACAUGGUGUAACACAGUCUUCAUUCUUGACUCAUAAAUCCUACCUUCAUCGAUGUACUCAGUUGUCUUCAAGUUCCGUCAACAGUGGACAAGCACCAGUUACAUCGUCAACAAGUGCAGGGCAGGAGCUUAAUCAGGGAAAUGAAGCACAGAAUGCAGUCACUCUGAAGCAAUAUCUCCUGUAUGGAUGUGGAGCGAAGAUACUAGUAGCUCUUGAUCAGCUGGGAGUGGCAGGUUUGACAGGAGGAAGAGAAAUAAGUCAUGUGCUAGCUUUCAUCUUUACUUUUAUGCUCAAGAAUGCUACAGUUGAUGAAAUCCCAAAGUCGUCUUAUUCCCAAAUGAAAAGUCAUAAAGGGUUUCAGGAUAAAUUUGUUACAGAAGCUCACACACAGAAGAAUGAUGGUAUAAGGAACUCGAUCCACAGUUGUAAUCAAGGACUGCUUCAUGAGCAGUCUUGCUUCAGAUAUGAACCUUCUGUCAAUCUAUGCUUGAAUGAUAUUUUUUCUGCAAACAUUCAAUCAUCCUAUGCUAAGGGAUGCAAUUCAUCUGUUCCUCAAAUGUGGAUUCACACAUCUGGUUCAAAAAGCAGCAGCCUGUCAAGUUGUCAGAGUGGAAAGAAGUUGGGAAAGAGACGGCGGAAGAGAUACUCGGCAUGCGUACCCUUGGUUCACUCCGAUUCAGAAGGAGAAGAAAACCACAAGAGUACUAAACUUAGUAAAGCCAUUGUGAAAUUUACAAUGAACCCUAAUGACUUCGAUUAUUUUACACGAGCGGUAUACAGUGAUGAUGAAAAGUGCCAUGAAACGGAGACAGAUCAGACAAGUGGGGCUUCUAGUGAAAAAAUCUGCUUACAUGGAAAUUUGCUCUGCCUGUCACUUGUAGAACUGCUUCAAUGCAUUAUAUCAAUACAAACACAAUUGACAGUACAUGAGGCAGAAUUAAAGCAUCUUUCCUCACCACUUCUUGCUACUCAUGAUAUUCUGCAGUUUUCUCUUGAUACAUUUUCUUCCAUGGUAUCUGAAUUAAGGAAUUUUGAACCAAAAAAUGGUGAAUUAAUAGAUAUGCAGUUGCUGUUAUUGGGUAUGCUGAAACUAAUGUUUUCAUCUGUACAAAGGUUUCUCAAAUCUAGCGAAUUGUUAAUUACAGUAACAGAACUCUCCGUUGUACCCAAGCUACUAAAUCUAGUGUCUGUUUUACUGGAUUACAAAAAUAAUUUGGACAAUUUUAUUGCAAACAAUGACUCUGGAGUAGGAACAGCUGAAGCUGAAAAAAAUCCAUUGAAUGCUAUGAGAGCUUGUUUGGCACAUGAAAUAGUUGUUGGGUUACUCUUUAUGCUGCAGAGUUGUACUUGCUUGAGAGUUGAAUGGAAAGAUGUGUGGCAAUGCCUUAAUCUUCACAAAAUCUUUCUUCAAAAUAAUGGGCCAGAAAUCACAAUGAAAGUUGUAUUUUUGAGCCCACUUUUGCCUGUUAGUAAGCGAUGUGAAAUUUUAUAUUCUCUCAGCAAAUUGGUGCUGUUCAUGAAGUGCUGGCGCGAAGAUAUUUACCAUUCUGAGAAAUGUGAUAAAAAGAACCAUCGAUUUUGUGAGUACCAGGCAAUGCAAAAUCACCAUUCACAGGUCAUGGGAACAAGUGCAAGAAGUUUAAAUACAACUGAUCCCAGUGCCUGUAUGAUUUCUAAUUUUGUGUGCAUAUUACUUGACUGCUUUGCUGGUAGCCAAGAAUUUGAUAUUUAUGUUUGUGCAAUCAGAGCCUUAUCAAAGUGUGGUCUUUGCUGUUGUAUGAGCACUAGGAUGAUACUCGGUAAGCUCUUAAAAAAACUGGUUUCUAAAUUGCCACAUACAGUUUCAUAUGUCACGUUAUUUAUUGAAAAUAUUGUGUGGAGUGAUCUUAGUGCUUUGAUGGUGUCAGAUAAUAUCCGAUGUGCUGUCUGUCAGAUGCCAGAAACAAGUGAAAAUUUACUUUGUGCUGAAUACACUCCAGAGGAAUCCUUUUCAUUAUCUUUUUGUUCAAAACGCAAGGGAUGUUCCAGUCAGUUAAAAAAAGACCAUAAAGAAGUGCAAGAUCAAAAUAGUUCACCUUUCUUGUCUCAGUGGGAAGGUGUUGCUUUGUAUAAAAGAUUUCUCUUUCAAGCAAGUGUCUGUUCAAAAAUUAUAAGCCAUAUUACCAGACUUGUUUCACAGAGCAGCACAGAUGUCAAGUUAGAAAUGUGUGAACAUCUGAUCAUUCCUGUCUUGAAACAGAUUUGUGAUGAAGGCAUUAAUAACUAUUUAGCUAGUGUUGGACAGGAGAAGGAUGUGCUGGUUGGUCUUGUAAAGUCCUAUAGACUGACAUUGGCUGAAUCAAAUGAUCAGAAGGUAAUGCAGUUUCUCCAUUGUUAUGGAUCUGGUCUUAUAUAUGCAUGUAAAGAAAUUCCAGGUUUAAGACAUGAAGCCUUUUCCUUAUUAUGUCACAUAGUCAAAAAAGAACUUAAAACAAAACGUGGCUUACUAGCUUUUUCAGAUCUGGACGAGGAAAAGGAUUCGGUUUUUACCAAAGAGUUUGAGCAUGAAGUUAUUGAGCAUGAUGAGUUUUGGUCAGCAUAUUUUGGAAUGAAAGCUGAGGAAGUGAGACAGAGGUUCUUCAUUCAUACUCGCUUUCAUAUAGAUGUAAAUUUGCAAAGCCAGGAAAAUCCGGAAAAACAAUCUGGAAAGAAUCAAGGUAAUGUUGAACAUAAACGUGGUUUUAGUUAUGCAAAUGAAAAUUCCUCAUCAUCUGAAGAAGUAGUUGAAUAUGAAGGAAGGAGAUGUGUAUAUCCAAAUAAUGUGCAUGAAUUAGGAAACAGUACAAAAACAGGUACUUCCAAUACACACCCUCCUCAAGCUUUUACCAGCAAGUACCUGUGUAUGAAUGCUAUAGAGAUGAAUAAAUUGGAUGGAAAUGGUAGUGAGGAAGUUUUAAUUAAAAGUACAUACACUCCAGAACCCUCUACAGGCAUGUCAGUGUGUGUAGAUAAUAUAAAGGAAGAUGUAAAUACAGGUAACACAAAGGAAUUGAUAGUCAAUAAAUGUUCAUCUCAACCCUCUAGCAGAAAGUCUAGUUCUGCAGAUAUUGACAAUGACAAUAAAAAUGCAUGUGUUAGAGGAGAGUCCCCUCAGCUUUCUAAUAGCCAGUCCACAUCUGUAGACACUGUAAAGGAAGCUGAAUGUGGCACGAAGAAAACACCAGUAACUGUGGGAUCUCCUCAACCAUCCACUGAUGAGUCUGAAGAGGACGUCAUAAAGAAAAUGAACAAGGAUAUCCUAGUAGUAAAGUAUACUGGUCUUGGUGAGCUUUGGGAAGCAAUAACAGAAGUUUUGCAAACAAGUACUGAAUUUCAGGCAUACUUAGCAGCAUCUUCAUUGAGAUCUCUUGUGGCACCUCUGUUGAUCAAUAUUACACAAGAUCUGGCACGUUCAUCCUCAGGUACUCUGAGUCUCAGCAGUGUGGUUUUAGAAGAACUUUCUGUCACUUUUUCUCUUGUGCAUUCACUACUGACUUUUGUAAUCAUCACAUAUCCUUAUGCAGGAUUGAGUAUCGAGACACUGUUGAAUGAGUUGCGAUCUCCCUUAUUGAGGUAUUCCCCCCAUACCUGCGGAGAUGUUAAACACCUUGUGUCUGUCAUGCUCCAGUGCUGUGUCCUCUCCACUUCCUCUAGCAUUACUUAUCCUCUGCGACAUCCAACUCAACGUGCCCUUGAGGUGUUGGAUGAAGACAUCGGACCAGCUGGUGACGCAGAGGAGCAGCAGCAGGAUGAAACAGACGGGUAUGAGGCCGACACUGAGCAGCUGACAAAUGCUUGCCCAUCAUCAACAAGGUUUUUGCACGAGGACGAGGAUCUGCAAUGCCCUGAGCUUGUUAUUCUGGCAUUAGACCUUAUGAUCAACCACCACGAGAGGUUCCUCGAGUCAAGAGAAGAAGCUCGACAAGAAGCAGAAUCCAGGGCACAGGAUCCUUUUAAAACAGACAGGGAAGCUGUUCCAGAAGACCAACAAAUAGCUCAGAAUCACUCUGAAGCAGAUGACUACUCCUGUGAUAAUCACUCCUUAUGUGAUGAUCAUUCAGGAAGUGAGGGGCAUAUCUUGUUUGAGGACAAUUCAGAACAUAAAGAUUAUUUGAGGUCUGAGGGCCAUUCUGAACCUAAAGACCAACUGAUAUCUGAUGAUCAUAUUGUAACUGAGGACCAGCCCAUGACUGAUGAUCAGCCCUUAACUGAGGACCACUUUAUCAUUUCUGGUCCGUCCAUAGCCGAUGACAAGUCUGUAACCGAGAAUCACUUCAUAGCUGAGGACCAACUUGUCGGUGGCAAAACCAUGGCUGAGUACCACCUUGUAGAAGUUGAUCAACUUGGUGUUGAUGGCCAACCUGUAAUUACUGAUGAACCUGUUGUGGAGAACCAAUGUUUAGCUGGAGACCAACCUGCAGAUGAGGACCAACCUGCAGAUGAGGACCAACCUGCAGAUGAGGACCAACCUGCAGAUGAGGACCAACCUGCAGAUGAGGACCAACCUGCAGAUGAGGACCAACGUGCAGAUGAUGAUCAGUCUGCAGUUGAGAACCAACAUGCAGAUGAGGACCAGCCUGCAGAUGAGGACCAGCCUGCAGAUGAGGACCAGCCUGCAGAUGAGGACCAGCCUGCAGAUGAUGAUCAACCUGCAGAUGAUGAUCAACCUGCAGUCGAGGACCAAUAUGAUGCUGGGGACCAACUUGCAGCUGAAGACCAACAUGAUGAUGAGGACCAACCUGCAGAUGAGGACCAUCCUGCAGAUGAGGAUCAACUUGCAGAUGAGGACCAACUUGCAGAUGAGGACCAACCUGCAGAUGAGGACCAACUAGCAGAUGAGGAUCAACUUGCAGAUGAGGACCAACUUGCAGAUGAGGACCAACUUGCAGAUGAGGAUCAACUUGCAGAUGAGGACCAACUAGCAGAUGAGGACCAACUAGCGGAUGAGGACCAACUUGCAGAUGAGGACCAACUUGCAGAUGAGGACCAACUAGCAGAUGAGGACCAACUAGCAGAUGAGGACCAACUUGCAGAUGAGGACCAACUUGCAGAUGAGGACCAACAUGAUACUGGGGACCAUCCUGCAGGUGACCAACAUGGUGCUGGGGACCAUUCUGCAGUUGAGGACCAAUUUGCCGAUGAGGACCAACAUGAUACUGGGAACCAACAGGAUACUGGGGACCAUCCUGCAGAUGAGGACCAACCUGAAGAUGACCAACAUGGUGCUAGGGACCAAACCAUAGCUGAUGAAACUCACUCAUUUAGACUGGCUCAGCAAAUAGCAGAGAAACAAUCCAAAGUUAAUAGUCAAGUGCUUGCUGAGGAAGUGAUAAUGAAAAGAAAAAGAGAGUUAUCUGAAGGUAUAAAAUCUAAAGGAAAAAAGUCACAAACUCCUGGUGCAUCCAUGGCAGAGAGUAAUUCCUCUGCCUCAUCUGUGUAUCAUACACUUCACUCGGAUGAAGAUACGAGUGCUAGUACAGGGGAGCAGUCAUUGGAAUGGGAGGAUGGAUUAUGGAGAGACGGAAAAUCAGAGGUUACAAGUAAUACAGCAUUUUCUAACGUGGCAGCAAGUGCAAAUGUUCAGUCGCUGAAUAACUCUUAUGGUGAAAGCGUGCCUUCUGUGUCUUGUAACAAUGGCUCAACAAGCCUUCAGUUGACAGCUGAAUCACAGGGAUCCAUCAAACAAAAUACGAAUAAACAUUUGGGUAUACCUUGCUCAGAAGGAACCUCUCCACAAGUCUCUAGGAGCAGAUCAUCACGCUCUCUAUCUGGCAUUGGACUGUGUAGCGAGAGUGAAGUGGCCCACAGUGCUUCUCUCACACAGUGCGUUCAUGCACUGUUGCUCCUGUGCCGCUCCUCUGCUGGUGUCUGCCGUCGUCUUCAUGCCUUAGGGUUCCUAUCAAGGCUUCUUGAUGGAUUUAAUGGUCUCAUCUCUGCCAGCAGUUCUGACUAUCUAGAUGUGGUGGGGACUGUGGUAGCGGUGUGGGCUGAGGUGGGUCGUUGGUGUCUCACACCCACUGACCUUUCCCAGUUCCUGGCUCUUUUCAAAUCUUCAGCACCUCCCCUGGAGACUUUACUCCAUGCUCUGUCUCGUGUCCUGGAAAGCAGCGGAUGUGAGCCACAGUGGGCUUUACCUUACCCAUGUCAUGGCACUUCUGCUGCUGCUUCUAUCUCUCCUAUCCUAAAUGCAUCACACGGCUCGCUGACAGAGAGUCUAGCAUCCUUUGUCAACAUACGUGUUCCUUCAUCUCCAGUUGUUGAAGCAAUAACUAGACUUCAUGAGAGCCAUUGUAGACAUGGGAUCAUGUCCUGUGUGGCAGUCUCGUGUGUAGUGUGCCCAGUGCCUCGGACUCUUGAUUGGUCACCUUACAACUCUGGACUUGCCAGUACGUCUUGGAUUUGUGUGCGUGACAGAUCAGGACCAGAAAACAAGCAACGUUUUUCGUCCCAGUCAAGUUUGGUUGUGAGCUGUAGAUCUGAAGGCUACUUUGAUGCUGGAGCCAGAUGUACUUUAUCACGUGGUGCGAUGUCGAAUGCAUCUCUUAGUAGUGAACUUAGCUUAAACAAGCUCCAUGUUCUAUCUGUUGGAACUCAACAUCUGAUGUUUUCUCUUUGGCUUGAUCCCAUGAAAGAUUGCCUGCAAGUAUGUGUGUCACGGGAGGUGGACAGGGAGAGUGUUUCACUGAGUCAUGGGGCGGUGGUGAAAGCUGGAUUGUGUGAUGGUAGCUGGCACCACCUGGCAUUCUGUGUUCCCACAAUCAAUGUCAGGAGAGGAGGGAGUCUAAAGGUCACAAUAUUUGUAGACUCGCUAUCUUGUCACUCGGUGAAUGUAACUGUGCCUGCUGUUGGCUCCAUCAAGAAAAGUUCUCCAUCUUACCUUCUCCUCGGUCACACACAUUACUUUUCCACUGAGGAACUAGAACCAGAAGAUGGAUUUGACCCCCUCAGUUUUCAGAGGACCAGAAGAGGCAGUCUUUGCAACAGCAGUUCACACAGGCUGUUGAUGGGGAACACCUUUCUCUUCCGAGAACCUAUCCUAAGCCGAGAGCUGUGCCUGUAUCUAAUUGCUCUUGGUAAAGACUGUACGAGUCUUUUGCCCCUUACAGACAAAGAUGAGAGAGUUCUCAUGACUCCAUUCAUCACGCCAAAACUUUUAACAGCAGGAAUAGAUCUGUCUGUCUUGUACGGUAAUAUGGAAUCGGCAAUUAGACCAGCACAGGAAUCAUUAUUGCUUCUCCAUGCAGCCAAGCAUCCAUCAGAGUUCCUUUGCUAUAAACCACACAUGCCAACACUACAAGAUACGGGCAAUCAUUACCCAUUGUCUAGUACGCAGACUGCAGUGUUAUUUGGGGACUUGUCUCCUCUGAAGAGUCAAGGCUCUGAUGUAGCUCUCUUGCAGAUGGGAGGCAUAGUGCAUAUUCUCUAUCUCUUUGCUAGGUUAGUAGAAUUGCAGUGUGAAGAGCGAGAACAGGCAGUGGCUCUUAGGUUACUUGUGCACUGUGUCCACACGUCUCCUCAGUUGGCUGCUCAGUAUGAAGGAUUACGUGGCAGCUCUCUUGUAUUUCGGAUUCUCCUGUCCCCUUUAUCUUGUCCAGGAGUUCAAGCUAUUAAGGCUAUUUUGGAUGGGUGUACAUACCCUAGUGUCGUUCAGUACUUGGCCUGCAGGGAUGUAUACACCAUUGCCCCGCACGUACCAGCAAUAUUGGUGGAUCGAGAUCUCAUGAAUUCUCUCAUUAGCAACUGGAGAACUUUCCUUAAUGAUUUCUCAAUGCAACAAACGACCAAGUACUGCGUUAAUGAGAGUGGUGAGCGAAUUUCUGUGCUUGGAAUAAUGAUGUCCGUCCUGAAGGUUUUGUUGGCUGAAAAUCAGCCGUACAGAGAUUUUAACUUAUCACAGCUGAGAGACAUUGAUGCUCUAGACAAGAUCUUAUUUAUAUGUAAGGAACUUGAAUUAACUACAGGCUCACUAGAUGGGCUAUGUUCAGCGGACCUUGUGGUAAGUGUAGUGACUGGACUUGUCGGAGGACCAGGACCAGUGUCGUGGAGAAAUAUUUCUUCUGGUGUUGGCUUAGGAUUAUCUGCCCAGGAGUCAUACUCGUCAGGAUUUUGUUCGGUACCAUCUGCAGUUGGCAUGGCAGCUACACCUACUAGCAUUACAUCAUUUGGAAUAAGCUCCCCAAUUGUGCGUGUUCGGGAUGUGGCAGCAGUUUAUGGCUUCCUGUUGUUAGCACAUCCAGCUCACCUGACAUAUGCUGCUACUGAACAAAGCACAGCUUAUUACCUUCCCCAUAUCCCCACCUCCUCUAACAACAAGACAGGAUCAUUUGUUGCUGUAGGAGUGGAUUUAGCUGCAGAGCUUAUGGAUUGCCCUAGUAAAACACAAUGUGUAUCACAGUUUGAAACUGCUGAUUGGCAAGUGGUUGACAGUAGCAACCCUUUUCUUCAACUACAACAGAUACGACAAGAACAAAAGGAAGAAAUUAGAAAAUUGCGAAUGGAAGGUAGUAUUGUAAAGAAUGUGUACGAAAGCUCAGAGGAAGAGGAUAACACUGAUGGGGUUAUGGAUAAGAACCUAAACAUUAGUUCAAAUUUGCAUUCUUUGGCCGCAGCUGAGGACCAUGUAGAUGGGGGCGUUUUGAUGUACCGAGAUUCUGUUGCUCCGGCAGUUGAAGCGCUCUCUGAAGUGAUCCAAGAUGAUUUAAUUGAGAAAGAUUUUUCUAAUGAGAUACAAGUACCUUUACUAGGGGAAUUAAUCAUUGACGAGAAUAUUGUAAGAGAAGAAAAUGUAACAAAAGCAUUUAACCUGGAGAAUGAAAAUGGAAUUUCAACAGACAGUGAAAGAACAGAAACAGAAGAUUCAGUUAGAAGAACAACAAAAUGGACAGAAGAAACAGGAGAGACUGAAGAAGAUGAAACUGCAGAGGAAGACGAGAGUGCCAGUUGUGCUAAUCUUUCAUGCCUCACACAGGUAGUAGUGGGGCUUUUAGAAAUGCUGGAGACGGUUCUGAAGUAUUCCUCAGAUACCACGACUCGAACACUUUUGGCUGAAGCGCUCUAUAUGGAUCAGGCAAUUGUGAUGGCAAAUCACCCCCAUCCUGUCAUCCGAUGUGCUGUUCUCAAGCUGUUUGCAACGAUGCUGGACAGAUGUUCACCUGAAGAUAGUGUUCUACACCUGCGCCAAAAUAUUCCUCUAAUAAUGGGGCAGCAGUUGCACAAACACACUUCCAUAUCCACUCAUCUGGUCUUGGCAGCGUUUUCCCUUGCUCUAGGACGUGCAUUCACGUUUGAAGAUUAUGCUAUUGACUGUGAUCCUAGCCUUGCUCUCCCACAACAGGUGGUGUUGUUCAUCCCCUUGAUGGCGUUGCUUCCCCAUGCAGCACAGGACAUUGCACUCUGCCAUAAUUCCUUGAUGGUCAUGCUGGACUUGUUGCACAAGAACACAGAGCUCAUAAUUCCUCUUAUUUACAAAGCCCACUUUGUGGAUUCCCUCUUGUGUACCCUGAAGAAAUCACUGCACACUGAAGGUGUGGGUGUGAGCGAUGUGACGGGGGAGAGCGAGUGUGAGGUGGUUGUGUCGGAUAUCACCGAGAUUCUCUCGUGGGUUAUCAACUGCCUUGUAGCAUCACCCCAACAUAAAAACUUUAUGCUGAGUUUGGAGGUUCUUCAUCACUUAAAUUUGCUGUGCCGAGGGGAGUCUGCUGUGUGUGGAGGCCAAGCAAGCUGUGUAGGUCACCUUCAAGGCACAGAGGCAGCAAUCCUGCAGGUAGCUUUGUCACGUAUCCAAGCCACUGCUUCCACUCACCAGCACACUUUGCCAAAAGAUGUUACUGAAAACCUUAAAAUGGAAAAACCUGGUGUGUCUGGAUCAACUAGCCUGCACAACAUGAAGCUCUUCUCACCAGCUGGCCAGCGUGAGGACAGCGACUCAGGGGUGGGUUCGGUACUGGCCAAUUACUCAACCAUACCGUUCACUAAAAGCCUUCACAACGUCUCAGAGCAGCUAUUUAUCAACCAGAGUCAAAGCUCUCCUACCUUGACUUCAGAUAAUGUCAAGAAAGAAGAAAAAGUUUUGGCACACUCUGAACUAGUGGAUAGGUUCAAGGUGCUCAUACAAAAAGCAACAGAUUUUUUAUUUAUGUCGGCCUGGUCAUCAGUUGAGGCAGUAGCGAGUGCCUUGCCAUCUGCCAGUGCUCCAGAAACCUUUAGUUUAUUUCUGCUAGAACUUCUCUUGUGUGCAGCUGCCACCAUUACCCAGCGAAAAGCAGGUAAUGGUGAGCGUUGUGGCUGGGAACGUAUGGUGUGGGGCUGCCAAGACAUACUACGAAUGCAUCUUAAUCAUUUGUUGGCAUUGGUGACAUCUCCCAGAACUCACACUCUCACACGUAUUCGUGCUGCCCAAGCCUUGGCUUCCCACCCUAAAGUUCAUGCUAUUAUCUCGUAUAGUUCAAAAGCAAAUCCACAGUUGUUAUACAAAGUGGGAAUCUUCAUGCACGAGCUCCGCUAUCAAAAUGAGAACAAGCUAGAAGAUUCAGCCAUUAAAAGCUGUGAGACAGUCUUGCAAAUAUUAGAAGAAUGUUCCAUUCAGCUACUGCCAGCUCCUGAGUUAUAUCCACCCCAUGGAGCAAUGAAAGAAUGGAGUGUUGUGAGCGAGGAAAAGAAGCAGUGGCAAGACGAGUCCUCCAAAAUUGCUAUCCUUGUUGUAGACCGCUGCAAUAAGCAGGAUAAAAGACUUUUAACAAAGAACACUCUUAUUUUUGAGGAUGUUGCAAGAGAAUGUAGCCGUAUUUCACGAACAGUAGUUGAUCGUCAAAAUAUUGAGCGGAAAAUUGUCUUGGGAGGCAUUAAGCACUCACAGUGUCGUCAUGUCCAUCUGACACAUCGAUGGAGGGGCCUGGUUGAAAUCCUAACACAUGAGAAAGGUACAUGGCAUGUACUAGAAUCUUAUCCAAGAUCAUGGCAGCUGGACCAAACUGAGGGCCCCAUGAGGGUUCGCAAGAGGCUGUCCAGGGGUCGUCUUCAUAUUCAUGCUCGCUACCUCAUGCCCGAGUACAGUCAGAAAAUAGAUAUAGAAAACCAGCUAUCGCCCCUUGAAUCAGUUCUCAAAGGUUCGGAGACAGAGUCUGCAAUGGCUGUGAUGAUAGAAAGACUCAAUGUCAGUGAACGCAUUAUCCAUAUGUGCAGUGCAUCAGUCGUGUCUCCUGGCAUGGUUCAACGUGGGGAAAUACUAAUCAGCAGGACAGCUAUGUAUUUUGUUGGAGAACACGUUAUGGUUGAUAUGAACCAGAGCGGCAGUAGUAGUGAGGUAGUAUCUGUAACCUGGCCUCUAGAUAAUGUCCGAGAAAUACACAUUCGAAGAUACCAACUCCAGGACUGUGCUCUGGAGCUCUUUCUCACUACAGGCCACUCAGUCUUAUUAGCAUUUACUAACACACAACAUCGGAAUCAGGUGAUUGGAGUACUUAGUAUGUCUGAUAUGCCAAACUUAUCAAGCAAGGCCACUCUCCCUGAAGUUACAGCUCUCUGGCGAGAAGGGCACAUGACAAAUUUUGAGUACCUGACACAGUUGAAUAAGUUAGCUGGUCGUUCAUUUAACGACUUGAUGCAGUAUCCUGUCUUUCCCUUCAUUCUGUCCAGUUACACUACAAACAUUCUUAAUCUGAAUGAUCCAGCUAAUUUCAGGAAUUUAAGAAAGCCUAUAGCUGUUCAGAAUUCACUCAAGGAAGAGCACUACAUUAAUAAUUAUGAGAUAACAGCACAGAUUAGCCAAGAUGCUGGGGAUGGACCCUACCACUAUGGGUCUCAUUAUAGCAACUCUGGUAUUGUUCUCCACUUUCUGGUGAGAUUGCCUCCGUUCACACAACUCUUCCUUCGAUAUCAGGAUGGUAACUUUGACAUACCUGAUCGCACCUUCCAUGCUGUACAGACAACGUGGCGGCUUGCUUCCUCUGAUUCCACAACAGAUUUCAAAGAACUUAUUCCAGAGUUUUUCUUUCUUCCAGAGAUGUUUUUAAAUUCAGAGGGUUUUAACAUGGGUAUAAGACAAAAUGGUGAGAGAGUUCACCACGUCCAGUUGCCUCCCUGGAGCUGUGAUGACCCACGGAGGUUUGUUUUAGUACACCGUGCAGCACUUGAGUCUCCGCUUGUUACGCAGAGUUUACACCACUGGAUUGACCUGGUGUUUGGUUACAAACAAACUGGCCGAGCAGCUGUAGAAUCUAUCAAUGUAUUUCAUCCUGCGACAUAUUUUGGCUAUGACGUCGAGAGUGGCAUUGAUGAGAUCAGUCGUGAGGCUCGUAAAGCAAUGAUCAAGACCUAUGGACAAACUCCUCAACAGCUUUUCAUGAACCCUCAUCCAAGUGUGAGCAGUAAUCUACACGCACAAAAUCCUCAGGCCCCUGAGGUGUUACAUGAAGUGCGAGGAUUACGUUGGGGAAUAUAUGCUGGCUCCCCUGCUGAUGAGCGCCCCAUCUUAGCUUUAGUACAAACUCUGAAGACUCCUGCUGCUUCCGUCACCAGCAUAUCAAACAAUGAACUACUGCUCAUGCCCCCAUACACGCAUGUUCUUAAUGCUGGCCUAAAUAAAGGUACAAACAGUGUUUAUAUACUGUCAUCUCACUAUCACGACGGCAUCAUUCGGUGUAGGCGCCUUAAAGACUCCACGGCUCACCCACUAAUAUCUGUGCCUCAUUAUGAUGAAGUAAUGUGGUGUAGCUGUGGUAACAGUCAAGUGUGGGUUGGGAUGGCAUCUGGUCAAAUCCUUGUGUAUACAAUCAAUCCUAGUCUUGUAGGGGAUGAACUGACUGCAAGUGUGCCCCCAACAUUCCUCUUGGCACACACAGCUCCACUCACUCAUAUGCACAUAUCGGAAGCUUUCAGUGUGUGUAUUUCUGGUGGCAAGGAUGGAAUGUGUGUGCUCUGGGAUACAAACAGGUUGUCAUACAUCCGAAACAUUGGCUCCAGUGGUAUUGAAGUUUGUCUACUGGCUAUGAGCGAGACACUGGGAGACUGGGCUUCUGUCAGCCCCCUUGGGUCUGCUGCUUCUGUAUUGCGUCUUUAUACAAUCAAUGGGGCCUUGGUUGACUCAGCAGUCACUCCUGCACCCGUAACUGCUAUUACAUUCUCCUCUGCCCCUGAGGGCACUGCCAUCAAUGUUAUUGCAACAAGUUUGGCAGAUGGCCUAAUUAGACUGUGGAGUGUUUGGGAUCUGAGACCUGUACGAGAACUGAGAACUGACCGAGCAAAACAUCCAAUAAUUUCAUUGCACUAUACUCGUGAUAACUACCAUCUUUGUGGCAUCACAGAAAGUGGUAUUCUUCUGGUAUGGGAGUCAUCCCUUGUUAAGACCAAACUCCCAAAGUUCAUUACAGUACCUUCUCUUUGAGCAUAAGCCUUGAAGCUCUUUAUUAGACAGAGACCAAUGACAGAAAACGUUACUCGAUGCUAAUCUUUCUAGCUUUCAAAGUACACUAAAGAAUUAUAAGUUCUGUUUGUACUAUAAAAUCUCAUAGACUGCAAGAAACCUGAUUUUAGAAUCUCAGUUAUAAUUUUAUUUUUUGAUUAGACAGUUGUACAUUUUCUUGACAAUUUUUUUGUAAGUAUUGUACAAUAAUCUUUAUUUUAAUGUUUUAUCUUCUCCAACUUUUAAUAUUUUAUUUCUAUACAGUAUUAGUAUAGCUAGUCACAUUCUGGUUCUCAAAAAGUUAACCAGAACAACUUAAUUAUUAAUAUCUUGAAUAAAAAAAUAAGAAAUAUGUUUUAUUCCAGUGGAUAAGAGUUUUACUUAGUACUGUUUUAUAUAUUAAUAGGUGUAAUGUAGAAGCCAGUAUAUAUGUACUGUAUGUAUGUGUGUGUGUGUGUGUGUGUGUGUAUGAAUGUACAGUAUAUGUAUAUAUAUAUACUACCUAAUUGCCAGAGAUGCCUAACAAACAUAAUUUUCAUUAAAAUUUAGUCAUUCAAGAUUGUAACCUAUGUAUUACUUAAUAAGUUAAACUCAUUGAACGUAUUAAAAAUUUUCAAUUUGAACCAACACUAACUUUGCAACCUAAACAUGCUUUAUUCCUUACCUUCCCCUAAUGGAAAUAAAACUAUAAUUAAGUAAGCUAAUUCCACAAUUAAUAUAAUGAAUAUUCGGUAAUAAUGUUAACUUCGUUCAAUGUGGACCAUUUUCUGCAGAGAUAUAAACCAAAAUUGUUUUGCUAUUAAGCAAGUAGAUCUUACCCUAGUAGACCUAGUAGUGCAGUUUAGGCUAUUAGGUACAACGUUUUGUGUGUGUGUGUGUGCAGUUAUGUGUCCCUAAUAUACAGCAUUCAAAACAUGGAGAGAUGUAAAUGAUUUAAAGAAUUAAAAUGAAAGAAGGAAUGGAAGUGACAUAGAAAUUAAAUAUUAAAGGGCAAGUGAUUUUUUUUGUUUUUUUCACUUUCUUUAGGGCGUGUACGUACUGUACUUAUCGCAUAAGUUCAAGCUCCUGGGCCCCCACCUCUUAUUGGUGUAAUGCAUGAGUUUCAGCACAUACACAGUCUUGCAUAAUUGUGUUUAUCAAGAUUGAGCUUCAGUUCCUGGGUCUGGUCUCUUAAUGUAAUUGCCUAAGAGUAAUUACAGGAUGAGAGCUACACUUGUGGUGUCCCAUCUACCCACUGCUCUUUGUCAUAUGACACUUUGAAACUACAGGUAUUGACAGUUUUUGGCAUCUACAACAUUCUCACUUUCCAAUUGUUUAUGCAUACAUACAUGUGUUUACAUAGAUGAAUAGAUGUAUUUGGGCAUGUUUCUGUUUCUUUUAACCUAGUGCCUCUGUUAAUAUAUCAGUAAAUAGGUGCCCAGGGGUUAGGCAGCUAUUGUGGAUUGCAUCGUGGGGGGGUGGGGAGGUUCGUCAAUGGUCUAGGGGGACCUUGAUAAGCCUAACAGGCUUCUUGGCCCUGACCAUGAGCAAACCACGUCCAUGUGUGCAUGUGCAUUUAAGUUCGUGGAUAGUGUGUGUGUGUGUGUAUAAUUAAUAUAUAUAUAUAUAUGUCGUACCUAGUAGCCAGAACGCACUUCUCAGCCUACUGUGCAAGGCCCGAUUUGCCUAAUA